AUGACCCCUUGGAAGACAAUAUUCUUUGUAGUUCUGAUUCUGCGUACUUCUUUCUGUGCUGACGUUAGAUUGCUGGAGAAGAAGCUACUCCAGAACUACAGCUCCAUUAUCAAACCCCGACGUGACCAAACGCAAUCGGUACUGGUCAAUCUUACCUUCACAAUGAACUCACUUAGGAACGUUGAGGAACGGUAUCAGUAUAUAACCUUUAUGGGCUGGUUCAUUGUCACGUGGUUCGACGAUUUCCUGUCGUGGAAUGAAAAAGAGUUUGUUGGACUUAAAUCAGUGAAUAUUCCUUACACCAAAGUAUGGGUCCCCGACAUCAGUCUGUACUUUUCGGAGACCAACACGCACGAUCUGGGUGUGAAUCCUUUUGUUUCUGUUUAUUCUAACGGUUUGGUGCUCUGGUAUCCCGGCGACCAUUACACGGUGGAAUGUCUGUUAGACAUUCAAAAGUUUCCGUUUGAUAAGCAGGCAUGUGAACUGCGUAUCGCCGCUUGGCAGACCACAGAUUGGAUGCAGAAACUGGUUCCUAAAAGAAGACCAAAUGAAAUGAAACAGAUAUCAGAAAAUGGAGAAUGGGAAUUCAUUAAAACUGAUUUAAGGUCUGUCUUUGUCCCAGAAUUCAACAUGACGGAAGUAAGGUACACUUUAUUUUUAAAGAGACGGCCGUUAUAUGCUUUGGUAAGUACGGUGUUCCCGGUUGUUUUGUUAGCCGCGCUCAAUUCUCUAGCUUACAGUUUGCCUGUGACAUCAGGCGAGAGAAUGACUUAUUGUUUGACCAUAUUAUUGGCUUUUACCGUAUUUCUUACACUCUUUGAAGAAAAUAUGCCAAGAAAAUCAACAAAUAUUCCCUAUCUGUCUUUGUAUCUUUGUGCCCACUUGAUUUCUAGCGUACUUUCCAUAUUCAUUUCGAUCAUUGUCAUUCGAAGCAGUCACAUGAUCAUCAAAGCAGCAGACAUGUUACCAAUCCAAACUGAGGAUGUUCAUCCGCAUGCAUUUGAAAAUAAAGGGUUCGAGCAUACACCACAAAAAACUGGUCAUCAUUCACUUAAAGAUCACGGUCAUGACAAAAAUUUCAACAUGGAAUCCAAGAAUCUUGAACAUGAUAGAAAUGAUCCGGAAGUGGGAAUCGAUGCCAUGGAAAGCGAAAAUUCCCACGAGAAAGAUGGCGUUCAUGAAAGUCAAUCUGACGGUGAUAGUACAUUAUUGAAGUCCUGUCGAUUGAUAGAAGAUAACGCCAUACACAACAGACUUGAUCGCCUAAUGCUGAGAUUGAGCGUCUCAUUUACACUGUUAAGUACCGUUGCACUGG